AUGCCCGAGUUCAAUCUCAAAGGCAAGAAAGCACUCAUUACUGGAGGCGGCUCUGCUGAUAUUUCUCUCCAACAAAUCGCCAAAGAAUGGCUUCUAUCCACGGAAACAAGCCAGGGAUCACAACGAGCAUCAUUUCACAAAACCGACGUGAGGAAGUGGGCCCAGCUUGAGGAGUUAUUCGAUGUUUUCGAAAAUCAGUUCAACGGCGACGUUCCCGAUAUUGUGGUGCCGGGUGCUGGCCUGUAUGAGCCCUCCACGAACACUUUCUGGGGUGAUCAGGACAGCACCAAUGGGUCACGCUACAAAAUCUUCGAUGUGAACAUCCUGCAUCCGAUCAAAAUGACGAGAAUUGCAAUACGGAGAAUGACUCGGGCAGGGAAGAAACCCGUGUCGAAGCAGGCACUUAGCCAAUUUGUAAGAUGUAUGGAGCCGCUAGAGCGCUUAGCGGGCAUUCGAGUCGUUGCUGUUGCUCCUGGUGUUGUCGAUACACCUCUAUUCAGGGAUAGUGCUAAAGCCCGUGAGCACAUCGACCUAGAGAAUGACUUUCUUCUCCCUGCAGAGGAGGUUGUAAAAGGGAUGAUAGCGUUAAUCACGGACUCCAAAUAUCCUUCUGGAACAGUACUUGAGGUGGCUGACAUUGGAGGCUGGCGAGAAGUAAAACUUUUGAAUGAUAGUGGGCCUGAGGGCCGAGCAUCGUCAUCGAGAGCAAAGGCAGUGGAGGCCAUAAAGUUUGUGGAGGAAGCUAUAAGAAACGAUUUUCGAGGACCGCGACUGUGA